AGGCAAGUAAACUUGACUGGAGCACGACGUUCAGUGUCAGUGUCGUUACUGUUGCCGCCGCCACAACACAACUAUUACUAUUAAAAAAUAAAACAGUACAGCAAUAUCUUGGUGAAAGCGUCUAAGCAUGGGAAUUCAUUCCGCUGUGACUCUGGUUGCUGUUGUUGCCUUCUCAUUGACAUUGAGUGCAACUGCUCAGCAGCAAGGAGAUUGCACGACCCGUACCACAGAUGGACGCACUCCGGGUCAGUGUACGCCGAUCAGGCAGUGCGGCUACUUUAUGCGAAUGCUCACAGCGCCCACUGUCAGCCAGCGGGAUCGCAUACUGAUGCGGGAAAACCAAUGUAGUCCCAAGCAGCCGGAUGAUAAGAUUGUUUACGUAUGUUGCCCAUUGGAUGGUAAACAGGGACUGAGCGCUCUACGUCAUCCCCUGUUGCCCCGCGAAUGUGGCGCUGUUAAAUGGGAGCGCAUCGUAAAUGUGACGGAAACCAAAAUCAAAGAGUAUCCUUGGCUGGCACUCAUCGAGUAUACGAAACCAACCCAAGACAAGCUUCACGCUUGCGGCGGCGUUCUCAUCAGCGAACGUUAUAUUCUGACGGCGGCACAUUGUGCGACGAGUACGGUGAUAAGCAAUUUGGGCUGGCGGAUCACCAAUGUGCGGUUGGGUGAAUGGGAUACGUUGACGAAUCCGGAUUGUCACGUUACGAACAAUGGAGCGGGCGAAACGGUGUGUGCUCCACCCUAUCAGGAUGUGCCAAUCGAAGAGAUCAUUGUGCAUCCGUCCUAUAACAAGGAUGGCGUAAGUCAAAUGCACGACAUUGCCAUGAUCCGCUUGAAGGAUCCGGUGCAAUUCAGCGAUUUUUUGCAGCCCAUUUGUUUACCCAAUAAGCAACUAGACGCCGAUGAACUGGUCGGUCUGGUCACCGAGGUGGCCGGCUGGCAGGCCAAGUCCAGUUCGAGGAUGAAAAAAAGUGAAGUGAUCAUCACCGCCUUCGAAAAGUGCCAGAAAAAAUAUGCGGAACGAAAUGUGCAGAUUGUCCCAUCCCAUUUGUGCGGCGCUCCCAAUGCGGACGAGUGUCACGGCAACUCCGGUGGACCCCUGAUGCUAUUACAUGAUAAUGCCUAUCUCCUUGGCGGCCUUCUGUCGUUUGGCCCUGUGCUGUGUCCAAAUCGGGACCACCCGGAUAUCUACACACGUGUCGCUGCCUACACCGAAUGGAUCAUUGAAAAUUUGAGGGCAUAAGGCAAAUUAUAUACAAAGUCCAUGUGCAAAUUAUAUAUUAUGAUUUUACUUGAAAAUACAACUUAUCAAUUUAAUUUA